CAGGUGGUCGUCAUGCCGACCCAGAGGAUCAAGUUGCUGCGCACGCUGUCCAAGCCCUCGGAGGGGUCGCCUCUGUGCGCCGUGUACGCGGAGAAGGUGCCCGAUGUCGAGGUGCCGGCCGAGAGCGACGACGUCAGGGCUCUCCACCACGAGAUCAUUGCCACCAUGAAGGACUUGCUCAAGACGCCUUUCAUGUACAAAGAUCAGUUUGAGCAGGUCAUCAAAUAUUACAACCUGGACGACCCGCUUAAGCUCGCCGACCUGGUGGCGGGCAUGUCGACCGCCCCCCGCGACGAGCUGCAGGCC